AUGUGGUUCGAAGAGCGUAGUUGGUCAAACUUGAGGAUGUCAGAUCUGGUGGAGGAAUGGCGGGAUCUGUGGUCGUUCAAGGUGGAUUUUAUGGUAGCCGCUAUAUCGUAUGUCUUUGCCACUACUAAUUUGUUGAAUUUGCCAAAGUUGAUAUUAGAAAAUGGCGGAUUAGCAUUCGUAACAGCAUACGGUGUUGUACUCGCUGUCUUGGUACUUCCAACUAUUCUAUUGGAACUUGCCGUUGGUCAGCUAACCGGACGGGCACCAGUGCAAGCGUUUCAUAGCCUGUCGCCUGUUUUCAAAGGUGUCGGGGUCUCCCAAGUGCUGUUUACGCUGCUUGUAUUGGCAACGAUGACACGAUUUCUUGGGUGGUUGUUUCUAUUUGUAUUUCACCUGUUUUGGACGAUACAAGCAGAUCGACCAGGACUACCAUGGUUGAAUUGCAAGUAUUUUCCGGAGUUGUUAUCGGCACCGUGUAGGGAUGCGGGAUCCAUGGCGAAUUUCACCUUGGCAGCCCACACCAAACUAAGUGCGGUACGAGACGAGAGUUCUAUGAUGCAAUUCAUGAGCGUACUGGAAAGACCUUCAUCUUCAGUAGCAGAAUUUGGUGAUUUCCAGUACUUUAUUCUAGCGGCACAAGGUCUAGUCUGGAUUACGGUGUUCUGCGGUAUUUGCUUUGGAGUCAGAUGGCUUGGAAAAGUUAUUCCUUUUUUGUUCAUGGCUGCAUUCAGCAUGUUAUUAGCACUGCUCAUCCGAGCAUGCACAAUGGAGGGUCUGCUGAAUAUCUUUAACAUCUAUAUCGAUUCAACCGAUUGGAGCAGACUUGCGGACUACAAACUAUGGAAAAUUGUAUGCGAACAAGCGAUUCUAGCCACUGGAAUAGGUUUCGGCGCAUUUAUCACAAUGGGUUCGUAUAACAGAAGAUCAAACAACCUUGUCGGCGAUUCAAUACUAAUCGUUCUUGGACACGCUUUCUUGACAAUGAUGCAGGUCAUUACCGUAGUCGGAUUGGUCGGAUUCGUGGUCUCGAAGACGGGCUUAGCACCGUUCGAUGUCAUGGACAAAGGCGAAGCACAAAUGUGGCACAUUUUGGCCUAUUUUUCCUAUCUGCCAAAUGUGAAGCUGUGGAGCGGACUGCUAUUGUUUGCUUCUAUAUGUAUUUUACUAAAUAUAUUUUACCUGCUGUCGUUGUCAGUACUGGCAACUCUCGAAGACGCGCUCGGAGAUCGCUGGUCACGAUGUUUCCCCCGCUUUGUCUUGGCGUUGUUCGUUUGCUGUCUCUGUUUUUCCAUCUCGUUGUACUUCGCCACUCAGGCUGGAAGGCAUGCAUACGAACUGGUCACAGGUUACUUGAAAUACAUUACAAUCUUCGUCAUCCUUACAUUUGAGCUGUUCGCAACGGCUUGGUUUUAUUGUGCUCAUCGACUUGGAAUGGAUCUUCAUGUAAUGUUGAGAAAUGCUUGCUGUUGGUGCUUUGGUCACUUCGUUUUGCUGUUCACCUACCUUCUGCCAGUAAUUCCAGCGGCAGUAGCGUUGUUGAAUCUGCACGAUUACGAUUUCUCCACAUUCUCUCCGGCUAUCCAUUCGUGGCCGUAUUCCGAAUGGCUUGGAGCUGCCGUUGCACUAGGACCACUUUUACCGAUUCCGCUUGUGUUAUUCUUUACCAUAUUGUGUGCAUGCUGCUGUCGCGGAAAGCAAGGAUACACGAGAGGACAGCGAUUACGCAACGUGUUCGCCUCGAAUCUUCGAAGAGAUCAACGGGAUAAGUCGGUUCCUCAUCCGCGCUAUACGACUUCUGCACCAGGCUACCUUCUGUUACCUCAAGCGCCACUUGCAGAACCAGAGACGUAUGCAUAG